AGUUGAUUGGAAGUUGAAAUUGACAGUCCAGAUAGCAAUUUCUCAAACUCAUUGAAUCUACCAGGUAAUUGUCAAUUAGUGUACUGGAACUUAGGGCUGGGGCUUGACCACUAAAUUAUUUUUCGCUACAGGUUUUUAAUUUUUCAAGCUUCUUUUGCUCGUUCCCUAAUUAUUACCCAUCACCAUGACAGUAACAUCCCAUUACAACGUUGGGGUGUUGGCGCUCCAAGGAGCGUUCAUCGAACAUAUCCACCACUUUCAACAGUGUGUGGAUGACUUCCCCCAGGCCACUUUCACGUUCUUGGAAGUCAGAACUCCAGAACAACUUGGCUCGUGCGACGCACUUGUGAUCCCUGGAGGUGAAAGCACCCUGAUCUCGUUGAUUGCCGAGCGGACUGGCCUUCUCACGCCGCUCUUUGAGUUUGUAAAGACCGGCAAACCCAUUUGGGGGACGUGUGCUGGAUUGAUAUUCUUAUCCAAACAGGUGAUAAACGGCAGACAAGGGCAACAGCUCUUGGGAGGCAUGGAUAUCGAGGUGAAAAGAAACGCUUUUGGGCGUCAGUUGGAUUCAUUCAUCACGGACUUGGACUUUUCUAGCUUUGUGCCGGGGUGUGAUAAGUUUCCCACUGUUUUUAUACGGGCUCCGGUGGUGAGUCAGAUAUUACAUGGAGAUGGAGACCACAAGGAGGGGGUGAUUUAUUCCAAGAACGAUUAUGUGAACGACGCGACAGUGGAGGUACUCCAUCGGUUGGAUAGUGGGCUUUUGGUGGCGGUGAGACAGGGCAACAAGUUGGGGACGUCGUUCCACCCGGAGUUGUCAGACGACGUGGCAUUUCACCGAUGGUUUCUCGAGGAGUUUGUGGUGAGCGGUUAGUUUUAUGGUACAAACGUGAAUCACUGGGAACCAUUGCAACCUCAAGUUUUGAUACUCUCCCAACUUAUAGCCUUAGGAAUAAGCUUAUACAGACCUAUACAUUCUUAUACAAACAUACAUGUUUACAAACAGAUACAACAAACACUGUCAUCUGCACAUUC